AUGACCACCUUAGCUCGAUCGGUUACUCCACGUAGUGAAAGUUGCUGGCCUUCUCGGUCGUCGUCGCCGAUGAACACGAAUGAGCCCGGCUCCGACGGCGGAUCGCGCUACACUUACGUGAUCUCCGUCGUCAUCAGCUUGCUGAUCGUCAUCGUGAUCGUCAAGCUGACCCGCUACAUCCUCGGCCCGCCCAAGGAGGAGGAGCUCGCCAGCAGCGUCGACGGUGAAGGCGUGCCUCCGGCCGAGGUGGCCCUGGAGGUGCGGGCGCCGGGGCCAGUGCUUUGCGCGUACCGGAGGGGAGACGGGUGGCGAGAGUCCACGUGCCCGGUAUGCCUGUCCGACUUGGCCGACGGCGAGACCAUCAGGGUGCUGCCGGCGUGCAUGCACUACUUCCAUGCCGCCUGCGUCGGCGAGUGGCUGUGCGGCAACGAUACGUGCCCGCUCUGCCGCGCCGCACCGCCGCCACCGUCACCAGCUGGUUCUACCGCAAAGGCUACCUCCACGGCGUGA